AUGUCCAAGUUCUCCGUUGCCGCCAUUGCCGCCAUCCUGGCCACCGCCGCUGUUGCCGCCCCCUCUCCCCAGGACACUGCCACCUACCAGUGCCAUGCCACCUGUGGUAACAUGAUUCUGGACGCCCGAAAGUGCGCCCAGGGCGACUCUUACGACAAGGACUGUCUGUGUGACAACGGAACUCCUUUCCAGUCUGCCCUUGACCCCUGCCUGGACUGUGGCUCUACCCUCUGGAGCGACUACGGCAAGUUCCUCGAGCCCCCUCUUGCCUUCUGUGGAUUCCCCACUCAGCCCAAGCAGCAGAACGCCUCCGCCGCCUCCUCCGCUGCCCCCGCUUCCUCCGCCGCUGCUGAGUCCUCCGCUGCUCCUCAGUCUUCUGCCGCUGCUGAGACCUCUGCUGCUCCCCAGUCCUCUGCUGCUCCCCAGUCUUCUGCUGCCGCCGAGACCUCCGCCGCCGCCGAGACCUCCGCCCCCGCCGAGACCUCCGCCCCCGCCCCCGCCUCUUCUGCCGCUGAGUCCAAGCCCGCUUCUUCUGCUGCUCCCGCCUCUUCUGCCGCUGAGUCCAAGCCCGCCUCUUCUGCCGCUGCCUCUUCUGCCGCCUCCAAGACCGCUGAGAAGCCCGCUGCCUCCUCUGCUGCUGCCGAGUCCAAGCCCGCUGCCUCUUCCGGCGCUGCCCAGGCCUCUUCCUCCGGCUCUGCUCCCCCCCAGGCCAACGCUGGCUCCAAGGCCUCUUACGCCGUCGGUGUUGCCGGUGCUGCCCUCGUUGCUGCUCUCAUCUAA